AUGCAGUUACAGGUCGUUUGCGACGCCAAACUGCAGUUCACCGACAUUUAUGUAGGCUGGCCGGGGUCGGUUCAUGACUGCAGAGUUUUCAAGAACAGCCCAUUAAGACGCAAACUUGAGCAAGGAUAUUUGCCACCGGACUUCCAUCUUAUUGGUGAUUCAGCCUACCCACUUGCUCCGUACAUCAUGGUUCCAUUCAAGGACAAUGGACAUGUAUCCCUUGCAGAAAAGAAGUUUAACAAAUGCCAUGCAUCAACAAGGGUGGAUGUUGAAAGAGCUAUAGGACUCCUGAAAUGUAAAUUUCGGAGACUGAAGUAUCUUGACAUGCAGCUAACAGAGGAAAUGUGCAACUUCAUUGUAGCAGCAUGUGUGUUGCAUAAUUUUAUUCUCAUGAGGGAAAUGUUUCAUGAUGACAUUAUUGGUGAUGACGAUCACCAGGCAGAUGAGUUGAUCGAUGAAGAGGCACUACUCGAGGGGUUGCCAGCUGAUGCUGUUGCAAAGAGGAAUGACAUUGCCCUUCUCCUGUAG